GACGUGCAUGUUUUCUGUCGCUCGUGCUUCCGGGCGCGCGGCUUUGCGGCUCGAAUCUGCGCCUGUCCUCGCGGCUUUCACGCGCAGGCAGGCGCCAGUCCGCGAGGACCAGAGCAGGAAGAUGUUGUCCAUUGUGCCGCUGAGAGACACAACGAUCCAGGCACCAUUUCCGCUCUAGUGCGACCGCUUUUCCACGGCCGCUCUGCGCGUUUUGCUGUAGGUUGUUCGGCUGAGUGGCCUGGUGUCGUUUGACUGAAACACACUGAGAAUAAAGAAAAAUGGCAGAUAGACUUUGUGAUAGAGAGAGACAGCUUUAAAGGGACAGCGACACGCUGUUUUCUUCCUGCUUUCUGGAGCCGAAGCACUCCCACACACGACGGCAAUUUCAUUUAUUUCAUAGUUAUCUCCUGAAAUCUUACACUGAAACUCGUGUUUCACGCGGGAUUCCGCACAGAUGUUGUGACAGAUGAGGUGGGCGUUGUGCCGUAUUUAUUGUCUCCUGACUGGUGCACGAAAUCCUGCUGGAGUGAGUGCGCACAGAUCUUAGAGUACGUCAGUGCUCCACUGAGACCACCUUACUCCGUGUACUCCGUGUACUUUCAUUUAAUCGUGAGGCACACAAAUGAUAUCUGCACACCAAUGUGAUGUCGGAGAGCAUAAGAGGUGCUCAGAACCGUGAUGAUGCUGAUAAUGACAGAUAGGAUCCUGGACUGAGGGGCUACCAAGGCCAAUCACUGCUGUUGGAUGAGAACCGAUGGGCUGUCUAACCUGGCAACAGCAUGCCAACUGCAAAAGGUAAAGGUGGCUCAACGUCCCACCGUUACCGGCCGGCCUCGGAGUACGAUGAUGCCACGCUCGCCCUAAAGCGAGAGUACUGGAGAAACAAGAAGCGAGAGCAGCGGGCCCGUCUGUCAGAGGAGAGGGAAAGGCACAAACACAACAACAGCAGCCAGGGAGGAAAGCAGCUAAAUGCCCCUGCAGAAGAGAAUUCCGCUCUGGCCCAGUCCUCAGGUGCUUUGUCUUCUCCUUUGCAGAGUAAUGAUAAUUCAUACAAUUCUGUGUCAAAGCACAGAAAUGCUCUGGGGGAUGGGUCAUGUGAAACCACUGAAAGCCAAAAGGAGAAGUGGCUCCAGACAGUAAAACUCAACAAGCGUCUGCCUCAGUUGCCAGUGUCGUGUUCCAUCUCUGCCAGAUCAGCCAGCGGCAGCACAGCCGCAGGUAAACGUCAGACAGCAAGGGACGCAGCCGUCUCCUUACCCGUGUCCAGUGGAACUCAGCUGAACACCGUAUCCUCAGUGCCUCCAGUCAGAGUGACCAGAAUAACCAAUGGCAGCUCCAGUAAAACAGCACCUCAGCCAUGUGUGUCUAUGCAGGGUGCAUCAGUCCCCAGAAACCAACAUAAGGCACAGGUUGUAUUACCCACUCAGCCCAAAGUCUUACCCACAGGUCUCGUUCUCGUGUCCUCUCCAUGCGGCCCCACUUCCACUAAAGCAGAGAGCAAAACAGCCAUCUCACCACCUCAGAGUGGAACAAAGCGUGCCUUGGUCACCACACAGAGGGCUAAAGGUGUUGGCAAUGCACAAGCUUCCCUGGAGUCCGACGAGGAAAGAGCAGCCAAGCGUCGGGAACAGUGGCGGCUCAAAAAGCGAGAGCAGCGAGCAAAGCUUGCAGCUAGGUUAGCUAAAGCCAGAGAGAGGGCACAGGGUGCAGAGAUGACGUUUCAGAGGCUAACGGCACCAAAAACCGGACACGUGGGAAGCAUAGUUCUUCCAUCAGAGUCACUUUUGAGAGGAGCAAGCCAGAAGCAGUGUCAUACACGGGUCAAAACACCAUUUACAUCAGCCAAAAGUGAAAACAACAAACUGCAAAGUGGGACAGCAACUGUAGUUGUAAGUGCUCUGCAAACAUCUGAUACUCCAUCUGUGAAAAAACCAGUCGACUCUCAGGGAAAGGUUCCAAGUUACGGUCAUCUUUGCGGUGUUACCCGGGGUAUCGCGAGAUAUAAAACGCCUAGACAAAGGUUCAUCGAAGCACAGAGAAACUUAAUGAACCAUAGAAGUCUAAGGUGUAAAUCCCCAAUGCUGCCCUCAGCUUUUGGUACCAGAAGUAUGCCCAAAAUCAACCCUGACGACACGCCCGAGCAGAUAAUAGCUAAACGGAGAGAGUACUGGCGGAUCAAAAAGCGCGAACAGCGAGCUAAGCUGUCCAUGGAGGUAAAGGUUCGGUUGAAAGAGAGAGAUUCUUUGAUGAGGAGGGUGAAACGUUACCAGAAAAUCCUCGAGGAGAUGAGGAAGACCAGAGUGCUGGCGCAGUCAACCGGAAGUGCCAUCACUCACAGCCCAGAGACCAUCGGAGGAUUCAUCAAAGAGGAUGGGACGCUCACUGCUAACAUCCCUCACAGUUCUGUAGAUCACAGCACAGCAGAGGACAAAAGCCAAGUAGAGCUUUGUGUAGUUUCUACAAACACUCCUUUGGCACAACCACAGUGUCCGCCUGACGCUAAACUGAGCAGUGCUGCUCCCAUCAGGAUAAACACGGCUCCCCCUCCACUUUGUUUAGCUCAGGUGAAAGUCUCUGCUCCUGGACAGCCAGCCAACAAACUGCCGCGACUGCUCGCAGUUAGACCACAGACUCAGCACGAAAGCACAAGUGUUCCUAAUUUGCACUCAUCAACUAUCCAAACUGUGGGUCAGCUCACACUUACUCAUCCACAGAGCCCUCAAAAUUCAGCAGGUUCAAACGUUAGCAGUUGUGUUAUGAAAAUGACCAUCUCGAGCAGAGCGCCGUCGCUGUCAGCCCUGUCUCUGGAUGCGGGGCUGACGGAGGAGGAGAGGAUGGCAAAGAAGAGGGAGUACUGGAGGAUAAAGAAGCGUGAGCAGAGAGCAGCUCGUGCUGUCCGACUGAGACAGGGUGUUUUACAUGCUAGGGCCGGUGCAGCAUUACAAAGGAGGAAGCCUCAGAAGCAGGGGACGCUGAUCACUGUGCCUCAGAGUAGAAAUCUCACCGACACUACAGCAAAUGCACCUCCUCUUUCCAACAACAGCGUGCUUUUUCUGCCUCAUGCAAAUGAAAUGAAACAGGAGAGUGACUCCAUGCCAGCAGCUGACCUAAAUUCUCCAGUAGAACAAGCCAUCUGUCCAGAUAUCAAACCCCCUACUUCCCCACCUCCAGCACCCCAGCUGGAGUCUGACCCAUGUUUGAGCGCAGACAGCCAAACUGCCACUCUGCUAGCCGUGGCCUCCAUGAAGAAGCUCCUGGAAGAAUCUCUCAGCACAGUGACAGAAUGUAAAAGUGAGCAGAACUCUAUUAAAAUGGAGACAAUAGAAGAGGUUUCACAGCAAGACAUGAAGCCAAAUUUAUCUCAGCUGUCUUUUGAAAGGGAUGACACGGCUCCUAUUGCUGCUGACCUCACUUUGCAGAUAAAAAGCUGGGAGCUAGACAGCAAGGUCUCUGCAAAGGCGAGUUUACAAAGCCCUCAACUCAAGAACCCAUCGCAGGUGAGUGAGACAGCUCCACCUCUUCCUGCUUCCAGUGAGGUAGGUGUGCAUCGUACCAGUGAGCACUCAUCCCAGACCCCUGUGAACUACAUGGUAAACACCUCCAUGGAAGCACCACGCAGAACCCAGAGGCUUUGCGCUAAAAAAGCCGGCUAUAAAACCUGCUGCUCUCCAGAGCCACCAAAGCUGCAUCACAUCACAGCCGUGACCCUGGAUAACCUGCAGCCACAGCAGCAACAGCAGGAACAGCAUCAGGCACAAGAACAGAACAACUGCCCCGAACCACCGCGGAGGUACAACAGCGUGGUGACGGAGCAGAGCGGCUUGACCAGCUUGCAGAGGAAGAGGGAGUACUGGAAGCUGAUGAAGAGGCAGCAGAGGGCCAAGUUAAAGGCCAGGCAGAAAGACGGAGAGGGGGAGUGCAGCAGCGGGCUCUUCUCCAGAAGCAUUCAGACUCCGGGGCUUGUUAUUAUCAACAGUCUUAAAGGGGUGAGUCCUCCAGCAAAACGAGCCCUCCAGCCCAAACCACCUGUCCCUCCUCUGGACUCAGUGACCAGCAUCCCUACCGUUCUGGUUGUUAGCCAAACAACAUCUAAUGCUCAACAGUCAGCGUGCACACUCCAGGUCAGACUGCCUAUCACCAGCAAUGAGUACAGCAGCGUCAAACUUGGCCCUUCACAUGCUGUAUCCAGCUGUGCAGGAGUUUCUGAAUCUCUACAGCUUUCACAAGCAUCUAGAAGCACUGAUGUAGACUCAGCCCCCGCCCUCCCUGCUGUGAAGCCACCACUGUCCAGUACUGACAUGCACCUCGUUGAACCCCUUGUUCAAAGUCCGUUAAAAAUCCCCUCUGCUCACCUUCAGAGUCCCACACACAAGAAACAAUCCUCCAUCCAGCUGGCACCAGUAAGCACCAUGGUUCCUCCAAAGCCCAUCCCAGGGGAAAGUGAGCAGGACUUUCUGAGGAGGAAGCGGGAGUACUGGAGGAUAAAAAAGAAGGAGCAGAGAGCCAGGAAGGCAGUUCGGGACAAGGGAAUCACCCAAAGCUUCAACAGCUGGAAGACUAGGCUGCCUCCCCUGGAUCUACAGACAGAGGAACCUGGUCAGUGGGUGAACUCUUCUGAGGAGUCAGAACAUCUAAUGAGCUCUUCAGUGGACUCGGCAUCCUUUACAUACUCGGAUUACACAGCGCCAAUCGAAGAUGAGUCAGAGCUGCUGUUUGCUGAAAGUGAGGAGGAUUCUGUUUCCGAUGCUGUGUGGAGGAGCCGCUACCUCAUGGACUAUGACCCACUCAACCAGCUGCUGGUGUGCAUGGUGUGUGGGGAACUGCAAUAUUCCCACAGCCUAGAGGGAGUGAAGGCCCACAUUGACGAGGCCCACCCGCACACCCUGACCUUGGAACCCGGCGAGAAAGAGCAAAUACGGGAGGCCUGGGAUGAGCAGGUGUCCCGGCGGGAACGCUUCUUCAGCAGCCAGCUGCAGCAGCACAGCAGACCUGUGGCAGAACCACACAAGAACUGAAGAGCUGGAGAGACGGCUGCAGGAGGAACUGAAGACCAUGGACCGGGAGACACAAACCCUCCCUCCUCCUUUCUCUCAUUUAUUGUAUUUUUUUUAUCAGUGUGUUUACCUCUGUAGGAAGACACCUUGGACAAGAAGGCCCUAAAGCAGCUUUACCUCAUUUCCUGCCAGGGUUGUGUAUGUUUAUCAAAGGCAGUGAGGACAUUUUUAUACUGAAGCUGCCUCAUCCAAGUUUUGCUGUCAGUCCUUCCCUUGUCCUGUUCGUGGUCUCGCUGUGCUCCUUUUUUUCUCUCACCCCCAAUCAGUUGCAGCAAACGGUUGCUCCUGCUUCUCCCAGAACGUUCCUCCUGUUCAAAAGGAGUUCUUCCUCCCCACUCUUGCUGCUCAUGGGGGAUCAUUGCACUUCUCCAUAAUAUUUUUGCUUUUUACAAUACAGCACCUUCAGAUGAGUGUUGGAGUGAAACAUUACUAUAUAAAGGAAACUACAUUUUGGAAAUCUUCACUCUGGGAAGGCUAAGCUAAUGGGAUUCUGGAUCUGUUUAUUAGGCCACUGAGCUUUCUGUUCUUAAUUUAUUGAUCCAAUCACAGACUUGCACAAACAUUUUCUUUGAUCACAUGACCUCUGUGGGCACCAUAAUAAAAUAUAACCUGUGUUUUCCAGCUGGAGCAUACUCAUAGCCAGUUUGUACAUUCCUUACUGCUCUCUUCUGCCUUGUUGGGUUUUCUGCAGGGAUAAACAUUUCAGCAUCCUGGGAAGACACUAUAGGUAUUCCAAGGAAAAACGGGAUAAUAGGUAGUAUGGGGGUAAAAGACUUGCUGAAUGAGUAGCUCAGAAGCUCAGUCAUAAAAUUAGCACCAGUGGCCAGGCUGUGAAUUCCAUAGUGGGAAGUGUUUUAGCACCAAAUAUAAAGAAAAAUAUUGAUUGUGUAAAGUUCCUGAAAACUCCUGGAAGGUGGAACCUGCUGGCUGAGCUGCUGAGAGCACAAACUGGGGCUGAAUGCACGGGACUGAGGAACAUUACUGCUGAAUACGUUUGUAUUGGAGGACGGGGUCAUCCUUCUUUCUAAUGUCAGUCUUGCUUUUAACUCGUAGACGGCAGUUAGCAGGCUUGUGCAGAGACACACUACCUGUUCACUGAUAAGCAGCCGUGGGAUAACAUCCAUGGCUUUUGUCAAUGUGACAUUUAUAGUUAAUUAUAAAUUAAGUUAAUAUUUAACCCUGGGAUUAGUCAGCUAUAGAAAAAACAGCAUCAGCACAACAUUUUCUACUAUUUGGAAGCUGAUAGAAUCUGCUAGUGUGCAGAUUUUCCUGCAGGCUUGUAUUCAGGUUAGUCUGCUCUAGAUUCUUGAUAGUUUCUCAAUCACUGAAUGGGGCAUCUGGAACUGAGCUGCAAUUCUUUUCUAUUUGCUACUGCAUCACACCCUGACCUGUUUCUCUACGGCAGGGGUCCCCAAUCCCAGUCCACGAGGGCCGGUGUCCUGCAGGUUUUAGAUCUCACCCUGGGUCAACACACCUGAAUCACAAGAUUAGUUCAUUACCAGGCAUCUGGAGGACUUCAAGACAUGUUGAGGAGGUAAUUUAUCCAUUUAAAUCAGCUGUGAUGGAUCAAGGACACAUCUAAAACCUGCAGGGACACUUGCCCUCGUGGACUGGGAAUGGGGACCCCUGCUCUACGGGCAACGUUUUUUACCCAGACAACUUUCUUAGGGACAGUUUGUCACCUCUGCAAAAAUCUCCUGCAGCACUGUAAAUAGACUAAUAUAAAGCUGGUUAUGACAUGCCAAAUGUGACUUUUUCUGUGCCGUUCCACAAUAUUUGGAGCAGCCUUGUUAUUUAUUGAAUCUCCUCUUACGCAAGUGAUCGUUGAUGAUGCAUUAUUCAUAUCUGUAGAAAGUUCCAUGUUAGAAAAGUAUUUCAUUUGUGAAUGUUAUCAAUCCAAGGCUUUCCUACUUAAGUAGUAAAUGGAUGAAGUGCUCUGGAAUGCUUUUCAAUGAUUUUUCUAUGAUUUUCAUGAAGACUACAACACUGAAAUAUUCUUGUAUUUGAGCACAAAGCUGAGGAGCUGAACACUGUCUGUGGAGCCACAAGGCAGUGGAAAGAGCUUGUGGUGACCAGAUCACUCAUGAAAAUCAGACGUGAUUGUCUGCCAGUUUAAAAGGGAAUGUUUAAAUGCCUUUUCAGUAAUAAACUUUUUCUACUGUU